AAGAUAUAAUGUCUUCUGCAGCAAAAUUUUGUAGCACACGUUUACAAUUAGAUUCUGAUCAUUGUAACAUAUAAAAUAUUUAUUUUGACAAUUUGUUUCAAUGGAGAAGUGUUAUGCAGUCAAUAAAUCAGAUAUCAGAUAUGCAAUAUUAUAGAACAUCUGGGCUUUCGGUUUUGAAGGAUAUAUUAAAAUUUCUUCUCUUAAAUGCAAUUUGGUGGUUGUGAGAUGAAUUUGCUUGCUUAGCAUGUGUUAUGGGGAGUUGUGCAAGCUCAAUGCGAUCAAAUUUGACUAUGAAUUGAGUUUUUUUGUGGUGACAUGUCGAAUGAGGAAAAUGAUAAAAAACCUCUUGAGACGGAGUCUAAAGUUAAUGAUGAAGCACAAGAAAAAGAAACAGUUACAUUAAAUACUGUAACUGUAGAAAAUGGGGAGCAGGUGCAGAAUGGUGGAAGGCAUCAGCGUAAACUGUUUGAAUGCGAUGUAUGCAAUAUGAAGUUUUCUAAUGGCGCCAAUAUGAGGCGCCAUAAAAUGCGUCAUACAGGAGUUAAACCAUAUGAAUGUAGAGUGUGUCAGAAGAGAUUUUUCCGGAAAGAUCAUUUAGCAGAGCAUUUUAGUACACAUAGUAAAACUCUACCUUUUCAUUGCCCUAUAUGUGCUCGUGGAUUUCAAAGGCAGAUUGCAAUGCGUGCUCACUUCCAAAAUGAGCAUGUAGGUCAACAUGAUCUUGUAAAAACAUGUCCACUCUGCAGUUUUCGAGCUCAUACUAUGAAAGCUUUACGAGUUCAUUUUUUUAAUAGACAUGGCGUAGAUUUAGAUAAUCCUGGGCCAGCUACUAUGACAUUGCUAACGGGCAUAGAUAACAAUGAAGCGGGCCAAGCUAGUGAAAGUGGUGAUUCCGCUGAUGAUAGAUCAACUGAUAAUGCUACACCACCAAUGCAUUAUUUAACACCACAUGUUGAAAUCAGCAUGGCUGAAACAGCUUAUAAUCCCGGACGUUCUUCAAUACAACAGGAAUUACCAACUUGUUUGCCUAACUUGAGUAAUGAAACACCAGAAUCACCACAAUCAGCUGAUUCUAAUAAUAAUGCGGCUACAAUUUCAGUUAAUCAGGAACAUGGAGCUAUUAAUAAUAAUGAAAUCAUUACUCCUUCAAUAAGUUUAAUACCUAUUAAACAGGAAACCGGUACUGAUGAUUCUGAUCAAAAAUUGCCUUCUCUUAGUGGAACUUCAACAUCUAUGGAUGCAAUAUCCAAAGUUCUACCAACUCUGACACAAACAGUAAAGGUAUCUCCUUUGAAAUCAUUGUUGCGUGAAGAUCUAAAACGGAGAAUAUCGGCUCGUGUUCACAGUCGAAAUGCUAACCGAUCUAUGGAAAUAGUCAAUAACAGCAGUUCGGCGGCAAUAAAUGAGCAUGAGGACACAUUAAACACACAAUGGAUGUCACAAGGUUCCAGUUCAGGUUUGAUGUGUUUGUUUUGUAACAUAAAUUUUCCAGAUCAAACUCUAUAUUUUCUGCACAAAGGAUGCCAUUCUGAGAGUAAUCCUUGGAAAUGCAAUAUAUGCGGUGAACAGUGUAAUAAUGUUUAUGAGUUCAAUUCACAUUUGUUAAGCAAAAGUCAUCAGUAACUGGAUUAGCAAAUUAUAGAUUCAAAUUUUUAAAAUUGAAAUUCUAAUGUUUAGAAUAAUUCUUUAGCUUAACAAGUGUUGUAUGAAGAAUCAGUAAAAUUAAUAAUUAUCUGGCAAAGAUACCUAAGUGCUCUGAAGGGGUGAGUAGAAACUUGUUUCUUGAUUAUUUUUGCAUCACUAAUAUUUAUGUGUUAUAUCACCAGUUACAUUUGAUGCUACAGUAUUAC